CCCUGCUGUGUGUGCCAGUGUGUUCGGCAUUGUACCUGCGAGUUUUCUCUGAACUCUUUAAAGCAGCUGAAAGUAUCUCUGUGUGAAGAUGCGGUCCAUGUGUAUUUCGGUUUUGUGUGUGUGCGCCUCUCUUCUUUUUCACCGUGCUAUUUCACAGCCACCCACAGAAAGUGACACAUACACGGAAUGCACAGAUGGAUAUCACUGGGAUCCACAGACUCAACACUGCAAAGACAUUAAUGAAUGUGAAACAAUCCCAGAAGCAUGUAAAGGCGAGAUGAAAUGCUUCAACCAUUAUGGCGGCUAUCUGUGCCUUCCUCGUUCUGUCUCACUAAUUCCUAAUUCACCCAAUCAAAUCCCACCUGGCCUGGACAACACUGACACUGAGCCCUACAACUCCUGCACCAGUGGCUACGAGGCGCAGGGGGACAGCUGUGUAGAUGUGGAUGAAUGUGAAAUGGAUAGGCAUGACUGCCAGCCCAGCCAGGAGUGCUUUAACACGGAGGGCUCUUAUACGUGCCAGUGCCCAGGUGGAUACCAGAAAGUGGGAACAGAGUGCAUAGACAUAGAUGAGUGCCGGUACCGUUACUGCCAACAUCGCUGUGUUAACGUGCCCGGCUCUUUCUCCUGCCAGUGUGAGCCUGGCUUCCAGCUGUCAGGCAACAAUCGCUCCUGCAUUGAUGUGGAUGAGUGUAAUAUGGGCGCCCCCUGUAGUCAGAAGUGUUCUAACACCUAUGGCACUUUCCACUGCCGCUGUGAGCAGGGUUAUGAGCUGGCACCGGAUGGAUUUACCUGCAACGACAUAGAUGAGUGUAGCUUCUCCAUCUACCUUUGUCAGUACCAGUGUGUAAAUGAGCCUGGCAAAUUCUCAUGUGUCUGCCCAGAGGGUUACCAACUCCAGGGGCCUCGCCUCUGCCAAGAUAUAAACGAGUGUGAAACAGUUGCUCACCAGUGCACUGAUGGACAGAGCUGUGUGAACAUUCAUGGCGGUCAUAAAUGUGUUGACACAAACAAAUGUCAGGAGCCCUACGUUCAAGCAUCAAACAAUCGCUGCAUCUGUCCCCUGACUAACCCUGGCUGUCGAGACCUGCCCUUCUCUAUUGUGCAUCGCUACAUGAGCAUCACUUCAGAACGCAUCAUCCCCUCUGACAUCUUCCAAAUCCAGGCCACAAGCGUCCACCCAGGAGCCUAUAACACCUUCCGUAUCCGCUCAGGAGAUGACAAUGGAGAUUUCUACAUCAGGCAAAUCAACAACAUCAGUGCCAUGCUGGUGCUAUUACGUGCUGUUACUGGACCCAAAGAAUACGUUCUGGACCUGGAAAUGGUUUCGAUUAGCCCCUUUAUGAGCUACCAAAGCAGUUCUGCUCUUCGUUUGACAGUAUACGUUGGGCCUUAUGAAUUUUAAAAGAUUUUUAUUUGGAGCAGGAACGGGGUGAGUGGCUAGUAAAUAAGAAAGUGGCAGAGGUGAGGAAGCUGGGGAUGAUUAACCCAUUAAACAAUUAGCUGGUUAUCUCCCCAUGUUUGCUGAAAGAAGAGUGCCAAGCUGUCUCAUGAAAAAUCAAAGGAACUAUACAACUACUACUUCACAAAUAUGCUGGUCAUACUGAUACGCAAUAUGAUUUGCAGACUUAGCCAUACCACACAUGAUUUUUCUUUAUUGUUUAUAGCAAAAAAGAAGCUGCACUACAAUUUUAAAAUCUGCUGUACAAUCGAUAAAGUCUUUAUUUUCUUUCUAUCUGGCCUUUCUCAUACCUGUAAUGUCAUCCAGGCCCAAGUUUUUGAGAUGAGUUAUUUGCUUAAGGAUAUUUUUGCUUUCUAUUUUUGCCUCCCAGCACAAAUCCAUUCCACUGAAUGAAUGAAUCCAUUAAAUCAUCUGAAAUAUUUCUUGCUGAAGAUUCAUGUAAUUACAUUACAUUGCCUGUGCGUUUCUUCCUUUCAGAUAUAUGUAGCAUUGUACAAAUAAUAGAUGCAGCCUUGUCAACUGUUACUGAAUCAAGAUAAUGAUCCCUGAGCUUACUGUGCUUUCUGUGUCACAACCAUUAUUCAGUAACCACUCAGUCAUCUUAAUAUACAUUUACAUCUCUAAACCUUCUGUCACCUAAACAUGAUCACUAAUCUUCACAUCAUUGCUAAAUGUGUAGUUGUUUUACCAUGCUGUCAUGGUUGUAUGAUUUUGUGCUGGAAUUAUUACUGUAAUAAAUACCAUAAUAACA